ACAAUGGGGACAUUGGGGACAAUGGGGACAUUGGGGAUAUUUGGGACAGGAGCGCCUCAAGGUGGCCCUGCGGUCCCUGCCCGAGGAGGCGGUGAAGGAGGCCCUGGAGUACAAGGUGCUGCAGUCGCAGUUCUCGCUGCUCUACCACGAGAGCCUGCAGGUGAAGACGCAGCUGGACGAGGCGCGGGCGCUGCUGCUGGCCACCAAGAACAGCCACCUGCGCCACAUCGAGCACAUGGAGAGCGACGAGCUGGGCGUGCAGAAGCGCCUGCGCACCGAGGUGAUCCAGCUCGAGGACACGCUGGCCCAGGUGCGCAAGGAGUACGAGAUGCUGCGCAUCGAGUUCGAGCAGAACCUGGCGGCCAACGAGCAGGCGGGCCCCAUCAACCGCGAGAUGCGGCACCUGAUCAGCUCUCUGCAGAACCACAACCACCAGCUCAAGGGCGACGUGCAGCGCUACAAGCGCAAGCUGCGCGAGGUGCAGGCCGAGAUCGGCAAGCUCCGCCUCCAGGCCAGCGGCGCCCCUCCCCCACCAAGCCCCGCCCCUCCCCAAUUUAGGAGGAUUCUCCCCGCCCCCUCUCAGCCUCCGCAAGCCCCGCCCCCUCCCAGGCCUUUGGCUCCGCCCCCUCCCAGGCCCCGGCCGGAGCGGGGGGCGGGGCGGGAACGGCCCAAGGGGGCGGGGCCUGAGGAGGGCAAGAAGAAGGACUCGGAGGUGCUGAAGCAGCUGAGGGCGGAGCUGAAGAAGGCGCAGGAGAACCAGAAGGAGAUGAAGCUGCUGCUGGACAUGUACAAAUCGGCCCCCAAGGAGCAGCGGGACAAGGUGACGCUGAUGGCCGCCGAGAGGAAGAGCAAGGCCGAGCUGGAGGAGCUGCGGGGGCGCUGGCGGGAGCUGGAGGAGCGCGAGCGCCGCGAGUCCAAGAAGCUGGCGGACGAGGAGGCGCUGCGGCGGCUGCGGCUGAGCGAGGAGCAGAUCGAGCACCUGCAGAGGAGGCUGGCCGCCACCAAACAGGAGGAGGAGGCGCUGCUGUCGGAGAUGGACGUGACGGGCCAGGCCUUCGAGGACAUGCAGGAGCAGAACCUGCGGCUGCUGCAGCAGCUGCGCGAGAAGGACGACGCCAACUUCAAGCUGAUGUCGGAGCGCAUCAAAGCCAACCAGAUCCACAAACUGCUGCGCGAGGAGAAGGACGAGCUGGCCGAGCAGGUGCUGGCCCUCAAGGCCCAGGUGGAGGCGCAGCUGCAGGUGGUGCAGAAGCUGGAGGAGAAGGAGCGGGGCCUGCAGAGCGCCCUGGGCGCCGUGGAGAAGGAGCUGAGCCUGCGCUCGCAGGCGCUGGAGCUGCACAAGAGGAAGGCGGUGGAGGCGGCCCAGCUGGCCGAGGACCUGCGCGCGCAGGGCGAGCACGUGCAGGCGCGGCUGCGCGAGCUGCAGGUGUGCGCGGCCGAGAACCGCGCCGCCAAGGACAAGGAGUCGCUGAGCCUCAAGAGAGCCCAGGAGGAGCUGUCGCGGCUGCGCCGGAAGCUGGAGAAGCAGCGCAAGGUCGAGGUCUACGCCGACGCCGACCAGAUCCUGCAGGAGGAGAUCAAGGAGUACCGGGCCCGGCUGACCUGCCCGUGCUGCAACGCGCGCAAGAAGGACGCGGUGCUGACCAAGUGCUUCCACGUCUUCUGCUUCGAAUGCGUCAAGAGCCGCUACGACACGCGCCAGAGGAAGUGCCCCAAGUGCAACGCGGCCUUCGGCGCGCACGACUUCCACCGCGUCUACAUCAGCUGAGCGCCGGCGGUCACCCCGCGGUGACUGCUGGUCAUCUGCGGUCACCUGUGGUCAUCUGUGGUCAUCCUUGGUGACCACGGCCGCCGAUGACCACCCGUGGUCAUCCAAUGUCCAUCCUUGGUGACCAACGACUUCCACCGUGUCUAUGUCAGCUGAGAGAUGGUGGUCACCCCGUGGUGACCAGUGGUCAUCUGUGGUCAUUUGUGGUCACCUGUGGUCAUCCUUGGUGACCACGGCCACCAAUGACCACCCGUGGUCAUCCAGUGUCCAUCCUUGUUGACCGACUUCCACCGUGUCUAUGUCAGCUGAGAGAUGGUGGUCACCCCGUGGUGACCGGUGGUCAUCUGUGGUCAUCUGAGGUCAUCUGAGGUCAUUUGAGGUCAUCUCUGGUCAUCUGUGGUCAUCUGCCGUCAUUCUUAGUGACCACGGCCACCAAUGCCCAGCUGUGGUCACUCUGUGUCCCUCCUCAGUGACCAAUGCCCAGCUGUGGUCACUCUGUGUCCAUCCCAUGGUGACCAAUGCCCAGCUGUGGUCACUCUGUGUCCACCCCAUGAUGACCACUGACCACUGAUGACCACUGAUGACCACCCCACCCUGACCCCCGUGGUCACUCCCCAUCUCUUGCUGACCAAUGGCCGCUCUCCGGCCGCUCCCUGCUGACCACUGACCACCUGUGGUCACUCUGUGUCCAUCAUUGGUGACCACUGACCACCUGUGGUCACUCUGUGUCCACCCCACGGUCACCAAUGGUCACUUACGGCCACCCCAGGCCAUCCCUGACCACCCCUAUCCACCCCAAAGUGACCACUGACCACCCCAGAGUGACCACUGACCACCCCAAAGUGACCCUUGACCACCCCAGAGUGACCACUGACCACCCCUGUCCACCCCAGAGUGACCCUUGACCACCCCAGAGUGACCACUGACCCCCUCAGAGUGACCACUGACCACCCCUGACCACCUCAAGUGACCUCUGGUCACUCUGAAGUGACCAAUGGUCAUUCCUGGUCACCCCAAAGUGACCACUGGUCACUCUGGUCACUCAUGGCCAUCCCAAAAUGACCACGGGUCACUCUCGUCACCCUAAAGUGACCCCUGGUCACUCUGGUCACUCUUGGUCACCCUAAAGUGACCCCUGGUCACUCAUGGCCACCCCAAAGUGACCCCUGGUCACUGAUGGCCACCCCAAAGUGACCCCUGGUCACUCUGGUCACUCUAAAGUGACCCCUGGUCACUCAUGGCCACCCCAAAGUGACCCCUGGUCACUCUGGUCACCCUAAAGUGCCCACUGGUCACUCCUGGUCACUCUGGCCACCCCAAACUGCCCCUGGUCACUCAUGGCCACCCCAAAAUGACCACUGGUCACUCUGGUCACUCUAAAGUGACCUCUGGUCACUCUGGCCACUCUGAAGUGACCCGUGGUCACUCUGGUCACUCAUGGCCACUCAAAAGUUACUCCUGGUCACUCUGAAGUGACCUCUGGUCACUCUGGUCACUCUGAAGUGACCACUGGUCACUCUGGCCACCCCAAAAUGACCACUGGUCACUCUGGUCACUCUAAAGUGACCACUGGUCACUCUUGGUCACUCAUGGCCACCCCAAAAUGACCACUGGUCACUCUGAAGUGGCCACUGGUCACUCUGGUCACUCAUGGCCACUCAAAAGUGACUCCUGGUCACUCUAAAGUGACCACUGGUCACUCUGGCCGCCCCAAACUGCCCCUGGUCACCCCUGGUCACUCGUGGUCACUCGUGGUCACCCCCGUGUCCACCCCGGCCCCUCCCCGGCGGUCGCCGCCCCCUGACCUUUGACCUCGCUGUGGCCCCGCCCCCUUUUCCCCUUUCCCAGCCAAUAAAAUCGCUCGGAGUUGU